AACAACCAAAAAAAAAAGAAAGUAAAAUAAUUUACAAAAAACACUCAAAAAAUGUAUUUUCAAGGCUUGUUCAUCUUCUCCCUUCUCAUCAUCUCCUCCUCUCAAGCCGCGGUUCUCGAUUUCUGUGUUGGUGACUUGUCCUUACCUGAUGGUCCCGGGGGCUACGCUUGCAAGAAACCAUCCAAAGUAACUUGUGAUGACUUUGUGUUCUCAGGCUUAGCUGCUCCAGUAAAGCUAAUCCCUCUCAUUAAAGCCGCGGUGACUCCUGCUUUUGCUCCUCAAUUUCCAGGACUCAAUGGGCUUGGAAUCUCAAUGGCUAGGCUUGAUUUAGCUAUAGGUGGUGUUAUCCCAAUGCACACACACCCCGGAGCAUCCGAGGUGCUUUAUGUUGUCCAAGGAGAAAUAUGCGCUGGAUUUAUUUCUUCCUCGGACAACAAAGUAUUCUUCAAAACCCUAAAACAAGGAGACAUAAUGGUUUUUCCACAAGGGUUAUUGCAUUUUCAGAUAAAUUCAGGGAAAACUUCAGCUUUGGCUAUUGUUUCUUUCAGUAGCCCAACACCAGGGCUUCAAAUUACUGACUUUGCUUUAUUUGCUAAUGAUUUGCCUACUGAACUCGUGGCCGCCACCACAUUCCUUGAUGCUGCUUUAAUCAAGAAGUUGAAGGGUGUUCUUGGUGGAACCAACUAAUUA